GCUUUCAGAAAGCUUGGUUGUUGCAAACCAGCUAUGGUUCCCUGCUUGAGGGCUGCUCCUUGGUACCUUCACUAGCAUCAUGGCUGUGCCGCAGGCGUUGCUGGCUUAUCCUCCAUCCCGUGAAGGACACACAGGAGCAUGCUCCGCUAUCUCCUUAAACCCCUCUCACUCUACCCGUCACGGUAACUCGUGUCCUAGACCACGUAGAACAUUUCUCCCACAUUCGAGCAUAUCAACUCCUGAUACGUUUCAACAACAGCCCCAGUUCCUCUGCUCACGCUCCUCUCAUGGAGAUCGUAACGGCAGAUCUUCCAGAUUCUCUCGUCGGUGUGCGGUAGGCCGCGUCCGCGACGGCAGAUUACGUUCUUCCAACCACAUCCCGCUUUCAGGGUGCUCCGCAUCCUCAGGCGAGCCGCUGACGGAGAUCUCUGUAGCCGAUGGGGAUCAGCCGUCUGACGAAGUUGCUGACGGAAUCCGUCCGAGUCGCCGUCAAUCUUUCAAGGCACACGUCAGAAAGAGCAAUGGCGAGAGCAAUGGGAGUGGCAGCAGCAAUAAGUCGGGCAAAGAAGGGUCUAAAAAGGAAGCUGCUUCUUCAACUCAGCUCUCGGACCAGGGUGGCAUCUCCGUCCAGGGGAAUUUACCCAUUCAGGGUGAUUGUGCGAGGGUUUCUUCAACAGACUUCGCUGCCGAUGGUUACUAUGAGGCCGUACUUACCUCCCUUUCCGCCAAGUACCCAAAAAAGUUCGUUCCCUUCUCCGACUCCUACAGCAUCGCCAGCGAAAACCUCCAAGUGUUACUCAAUUUCGCCGACGAUUCCUUCUUGAUUAGCGAAAAGCAGCUUCUCGCCAUCUUUCACCGCUUCCCGUCCCUCCUCACCGCUCCAUUAGACCCUGCGUCCGUCCAACGCCGAUUGGAUCUCUUCCACCGUUACGGUGUAACCCGAUCUGCAUUUUUCGGCCUCUGCUCCCGCUCCAAUAUCCUCUUGUUUCCCGAGGACACCCUAGCUGAGAAUCUGCGUUACCUCCGGCACGACUUAGGCGUCGUCAGAAUCGAUAAAAUCCUGAAAUGCUUCCCGCUGGUUCUUAACCUCUCCCUUCCGAACCUGGAGGAGAAGGUUCGGCAGCUCAGGCUCGCAGGACUAAGUCCGGUGAACGAAGUUCUGGAAAGAUCGCCGUUCGUUUUAAGCGCACGCGCGUCGGAGAUCCAGCGAAAGGUGCAGCUUGUAAAGCGGAUAUUAGGGUCCAGCAGCAAUGUCGAAGACCCGAUUUAUUACCUCCAAAAAUUCCCGCAUGUCCUGCUGGCCCAAUAUGAAACCAUGGAGCGGACCUUCGAGGGUAUGGUGGAGUAUUUUGGGGAGGAGGAUACGCGAAGGCUGCUGAGGCGACAGCCGCUGCUGCUGGGGCAGAAUUGGAGCGGAAUGAUGGACACUCUGUCGAGAUUAAUCGGCGUUUUUGGGAGGGAGGGCGCCGUGCGGAUCGUGAAUCAGACGCCUACAGUAAUGGCUUAUUCUUGGAGCACGAUCCAGGAUAAGUUAUUGUUUGUUACAGAGGUUAUGGGGAGGAGUAUUGCUGAGAUUGUGGUGUGGCCGGCGUUGCUGACGAGAAGUGUGGAGAAGCGGUUACGGCCUCGGUACGAGCUGUUACGGCGGUUACCACGGGAGGAGCAGCUGAGCCUGGGCUCGAUGUUUGGGUGCACUGACGAGGUGUUCAGGAAGAGGUAUGCGAGGAAGAUAGCUCUCCUGGCAGAAAGGGAUGGAGGAGAGAAGGGUGGGGAGGAGACUGAGGGAGAUGGAGAAUUAGAAGCAGAGCCAGAUCAGAGAUAGCGAGAGAGAGGUGAUUGCUGCAUGAGGGAGGCUGAUGCACAGCACGUACAGCUCCCGUUCUGUGCGAGCUGUUGCGAGCACGGGAGGGAGGCUGUGCGAGCACGAAUAGCGAGCACGGGAGGAGCAGAGCAGCGGAGCCUACGUGCAAUGUUUGGGUGCACUGACGAGGUGUUCAGGAGGGAUGCGAGGAAGAUAGCUCUCCUGGCAGAAAAGGAUGGAGGAGAGAAGGGUGGGGAGGAGGGAGAUGCAGAAUUGGAAGCAGAAGCAGAAUCAGAAGCAGAGGAGGAGAGAUGGAGAUGAUGAGUGCCUGAGGGAGGCUGGCUGUGUCUGCAUGGUAGCCAGGGGGAGAGGCGGAAUCAGAAGCAGAGUCCAAAGCAGAAGCAGAGGCAGAUGAGAAGAGACGGAGAUGAUGAGUGCGUGAGGGAGGCUGGCUGUGUCUGCAUGGUAGCCAAGGGGAGAGGCGGAAUCAGACGCAGAGGAAGAGAGAGGGGGGUGAUGACAGUGAGAGUUGGCAUGCGUGAGUCGUGACUCUGCCUGCAUGUUGAGUCAAUCACUCUCAUCUGCACGUUUGCUCAUGACUCAUGAGACCUGCUGCUGCUGUCAUAUUGAUGGGGGCAAUUAGCGCUGGCUCACAUAUUGGAAGUAUGAGUUCGGCUGUUCCUCUAUGUGCGCUGCACUCGUAUUAGGGACUGCUGUGAGGCGUACACGGUAGCUCCUCUCCUCUGCCAAGCACCAUGGCCUUGAAAAAUAAUG